AUGGAACUGAUUCUUCAGGUCAUCAGAGCAUUCUACAAUGGUACCGACAAUUCAAGAAGACAGGUUCCAUUACUAAACGUAAAUGUACCGGAAGACCACGAGUUCCUGACGAAAUGGUGGACGCAGUUAGACACAGUUUCACGCGUUCUCCGCGAAACUCCACUAGCAGAGCAGGAAGUGAACCUGGUAUACCCCGGCCAACCGUAUGGAAAAUUUUGCGGAAACGUCUACAGAUGCUACAAAGCUUACGAUCUGACGACCACGUAA